AGACUAUAUAUAUAUAUGUCAUCUAAUCCAUAUAUUGUUCACAUUUCACAUUCACAUUCACAUAUAAAAAACACAAAAGACACACGCAAAAAUAGCUUAUAAGAAUCUUUUACUACUGAAUUUGAUUAUAAGAUCUGUAUCUUUUUCAAUGUCAGGAAUAUGUUCUGCUUUUAACACCCCCAGGUUUGUUCUUAACAAGUUUUUAGCCAAAUCUCAACGUGAAGGAGAUGGUGCUGUUGUUAGAAGAGGCAUUGGAAGAAGUGAGUUGAAGAACUUGGAUCCUUUUCUAAUGUUGGAUCACUUCUCAGUAUCUCCUCCUGGAGGAUUUCCUGAUCAUCCACACAGAGGUUUUGAGACAGUCACCUACAUGCUAGAGGGAGGUAUAACUCAUCAAGAUUUUGCUGGCCACAAGGGUACAAUAAGAACUGGUGAUGUUCAGUGGAUGACUGCAGGGAGGGGAAUUAUUCACUCUGAAAUGCCUGCAGAAGCAAAAAACAAUGGACUGCAAUUGUGGAUCAAUUUAGCAUCUAAUGACAAAAUGAUUGAGCCAAACUAUCAAGAACUUCUAAGUGAGAACAUACCAUCAGGAGAAAAAGAUGGUGUUGAAGUGAGAGUGAUAGCAGGAGAAUCAAUGGGAGUGAAUUCACCUGUUUACACAAGAACACCAACCAUGUUCCUUGAUUUCACCAUGAUGCCAGGAACUCAAGUUCAUCAAACUAUUCCUGAGUUAUGGAAUUCAUUUGCAUACAUAAUUGAAGGAGAAGGUGUUUUUGGUUUACAAAAUUCAUCACCAAUUGUGGCUCACCAUAUCAUUGUUUUCACUCAAGGUGAUGGACUUAGUGUUUGGAAUAAUAACUCUUCAAAGCCUUUGAGGUUUGUGCUCAUUGGUGGACAACCAUUGAAUGAACCUAUUGCUCAAUAUGGUCCUUUUGUCAUGAAUACACAAUCUGAAAUUGAGAAGACUAUUGAAGAUUAUCAAUAUGGUAGGAAUGGUUUUGAGAUGAGGCUAAAUUAUAGGUCUCAAUAGUUAGUUAUUAUCAAGACUUUUUUCUACUUAGCUAAGCUAAGAUUAAUUUAUUAUAGCAUUUAAUUUAUAUAUAUCGUCGACGCAAAUUUUUUCAAACAUUGUCAAUCAAUCACAAUCGUUAUAAUAUUAAGAAUGUUUAACUUUUAUCAUAACGAUUUCUAAAAUCACAUAUAUGAUUGAUUGUGAUUUAUUGACAGUUUAAAUUAUUUAUAUUGGCGAUGUAUCAAAAUUAAACUCUUUAUUUUAUUUAUAUGAAAUAAAAAAAUAACAAGGUUGCUUUUCAGCUAUCCUUUUCAAUGUUAUAAGCAUAGCUAUCAAGGUAGUAGGAGCUGAAAAGAUAUCUUUGGUUAUUAUUGUAUCAUUUCCUUUUCCAUGUACUAAAAGUUUCUAGAAGAUUUAAAUUGCUGCUGGUGCAAGUGCAACUAUAAUUUGUCUCUCAAGUCAUCAUGGGUCAGCUUAUCUUGACCUUUUUCCCCCUUUCAUGA